CGCGCGUGAGAGAGACAACGAUGACACAUCCGGGAUAUUUAGAGGUCAUGAAUGGUAUCUAGGCAACAGUGAAAACUCUCCACUGCCUGACUUGCGGACUUGUACUUUGCAAGCAACAAACUUCUAGUGAAAUUUAUUUUUAUUUUCAUGGAUUUUGCGCUUUAACAGAAGAAUAACUUAUCUCAAAAUGCCUGAAGCACAAGUGGUAGCUGCUUCAGAGACCGACCCUAGCAAAGAUAAUGAAGCAGAUGAAACUACAGGCGACGGAGACGGCGAAAAAGAUGCAACGAGCGAGCAAAACAUGCAAGAAGAAACUAAACCAGUCAUCCAAGACAUGAUGCGAAACGAACCUAUCUUAACUCCUUUGAUCGUCGAGAGUUACGAGGGAGAUAAAGAUGAGAGGGGCUUCUUUCAUGGUACCGGAACAGCCUCUUUCCAAGGCGGUCAUGUUUAUUCGGGUUCGUUUGUAAACGGUAAAAUGGAGGGAAGCGGGAAAUACGUUUGGGUCAACGGAAUUAUCUACGAAGGAGAUUUCAAAAAUAACGUAAUAGAUGGAAAGGGCUUGUACACGUGGACGGAUGGAAGCACUUACGAGGGAGAAGUAGAAAGUGGUCUUCGUCAUGGUCAGGGAGAUUAUUCCUGCGGUAAUUUGCCCGCAGUGUAUUCUGGGGAGUGGAGACAUGGCAAGAGACAUGGACGGGGGGUCCUCAAGUACGAUCGAGAAGGCCACUCAUACUAUGAUGGCCACUGGCUUAACAACAUGCGACAUGGGUAUGCACGAAGAGUGUACAAGGGUGGAAAUGUGUAUGAGGGUGACUGGAAAGAUAACCUUCGCCAUGGUGAUGGUUCUAUGCAUUGGUAUGACCGCGACCAGAGAUAUCAGGGCCAGUGGGAGUACGGUGUGCAGCAUGGUCAUGGAGAGCAUUCUUGGUUCCUGAGAAGAAUAGCGGGGUCACAGUAUCCCCUAAGGAAUUACUACAAGGGGAAUUGGGUUAAUGGGCUGCGGCAUGGAUAUGGUGUGUUUACGUAUGCAUCUGGUGCUAAGUAUGUAGGUGAAUGGGCAAGCAACAUGAAGCAUGGAAAGGGGAAAUAUAUCUUCAAGAACGGCCAGGUGUUUGAAGGUACAUUUGAACAGGACCACAUGUUGGAUUUCCCAGACUUUAAUCCAUCUGGUAUGACCACGCCUGACAUUGCCAGUGCUGGCAUCCCUCUCCGCCCCUCCACACCCAUGAGGGCAGCCACGCCUUUCCUCCCUGCCGGCUCCGUCUGCAGCAAUAACCCGCUGAGCAUCCGGAUAGACCCCAUCCUGGAGGACCUAGAUUUAGAGUUGGAGGACCAGGAGGCGGAGGUCCGGAAUGUCACCAACGUGAUGCUACGACACAUCAGCAAACUCAAACACAUCUAUACGUACUACAGUGGCCUUGGAGAGGAGCAGACGUCACCUGAUAACACGUUUGUGAUGACUAGGCUACAGCUGUGGCGAUUCUUGAAGGACUGCAAGAUCCACCACCAUGGUGUAACGCUUGCUGAGAUGGAUAGGUUUGUUGACCAGGAAGGCCGUAAUACUGACAUCCAUGAGCCACAAGCAAAGGUCCUCAUGAGGGAUUUUGUUAAUGCAAUAAUUGCAAUUGCUUUCAAUGUGUUUCACAAUGAAGGAGGACACAAGGGGGGCUGUGUCAUCGCAGAAUGUACAUCACAGCUGAUCUUGAAUAACAUCCUGGGAAAUGCUUGCCAAGUUAAUGGUAGUUUAUUUGCAGACCCAGUGAAGGCUUCCAUAGCUAAGAAAUACAUCCCAAAGACCUGGGACAUAUAUAUGGGUGUGUGUGUACCAAGUGCAUACACUCCAUAUGAGCCAACUUUGAAGGCACGGCAGUUCUUGUACAUGCUGAAUGACUACAAACUAAUAAAUGAAGUUCUAACACCAAAAGAAGUCAUUCAGAUCUUAGCACAAGACAACCCACACUUAGCCCAGGAAGAUUUUUGUAAUUUGGAACUAGAGCUGACAUUCCUUGAGUUCUUUGAGGCCCUAAUUGAUUGCAGUGUUGCAUACGUGACAGAUGUAGUCAUGAGUGGCCCUGUUAGUGCUAAACUGAGUCCAGAGCCUUCUUUGAGGUCUCGAAGUGCUGAAAGCUUCACUUCUGCCACCUCAAAACCUGCAGAGUCACCGGUAGAGGAUGCUAAUGCACCUUCAAGGUCUAUGGAGGAAAGUCAAGAGGGAACAGACUCCCCGAUACGUUCUGUCCGAUCACAACACGGAGCAAGAGAAUCCCCUGAUAAACCAUUAGAUUCUCCCAUCAAGAGUAGAGAGGGACCUAAUAAGGAAGCAAGUCUUGCUGGAAAGGUGCCCGAGGUCUCACCCCAGGAGGGCGCGAGGCGGACCGUGUCCUUGGUAUCAGCAGGCAAGGAGUCCCAGGAGAAGGUGGCUACCGCCGAGUCGGACAAUCUAGGUGUUGAACUAGGUGCCCCUCCCCCGGGCAGUGCAGACAAGGUCCCUCCCUCGCCAGAAGUUCAACUCCCUUCGCCUCCUCCCGAACAGGACAACAUGCACUAUUGGGAAACACAACUGAACAUCUUCUUCAAGACCUUAUUCAACGCUGCUGACCACCUUGAUCUGAUUAAGCGUGCCGCACGUAAAGGGAAAUAGUAGGAGCGUCGGCUCAAGUGGGCCCUCAAAGUUCAGUACACACAGUUAUACCUGUCAACUCUCCCGCAUUAGGCGGGAGUCUCAAGAUUUUGGACUCCUUCUCCCGCGUCGAGCACCAAAUCUCCCGCUUUUUAGCGACUUUUAUCGCUUCCGAAAAAUUAUUCUAUAGAAAAUAGUCAUUUUGCCUAUAUUGAAAACAAUAAUUCCCUUGUGCAUCGCAAUUUACCUUACACCCUCGUGAGAUCUGUGGAUUUUUUCGCGAGAGCUUUCUAUACGGCAAACGCCUGCAAGGUUUACCCACCCCUUACCUACCUCUUCCCCCCAAAAAUAAAUCAUCAGUGUAGUUCUGGGCCCGAUUCGUAGAGUGUGUAGUCCCCUGCCCAAGGGACCCUGCCUUUAGAUAUUGUAGAUACUGUAUAGUUGUUUUUAACGUGGCGUUUUAACAGGAUGGCUAAGGUAAAAAUAUAUAGAUAACAUGUGCACAGAUAAUCCGUACUUUUAUGGAAAUAAGUAUAUAAAAGGUUUUCAGGAUAUAAAAUACAUAAAUGUUGAAA